AGGUAAGGUAGUUGGUCUUCCUUCAACUUAUUGUCAAAUACAAUAUCAUAUCAGCAAUUAUUGAACUAAAAACCUACAAUAUUGUAACCAAACUCUGAAUGCAUAUAUGAUAAUAGCAAGCGAAUCAUAUGUGUUACAUGUAUUGAGUGAAGCCAAAAACAGAAAAAGAAAAAGAAAAAGAAAAAGAAAAUAGUAAAAUACAUGGCAGAAGUUGCAGUAUGCUCAACUAUCAACAAUUUGGAGGCAUUGUUAGUGCAUGAUGAACCAAAAUUGUUGAGGAAGGUCCACAGAGAAGUUUCCAUUAUCAAAGCUGAAUUGGAGAGCAUAAAAUCAAUACUAAAAGAUGCAGAUUGGAGGGCUGAAACAGGAAACGAAAAUGCGAAAACUUGGGUGAAACAAGUUCGAGAGUUGGCUCAACAGAUUGAGGAUGUCUUCGACCAAUACACGAUUCAGUUGUCAGAACGUCGUCAGCGUCGCGGCUUCAUCAAUUUUCUCAACAAAGUCACUCGCUCGAUCGUUAAACUAAAGCCACAACAUGACAUAGCCUCUAAGAUUCAAGAAAUUAAACAAACCAUUGUUGAGAUCAAGAAAAAGGCUAGUGGGUAUGAAUCAUCAAACAGUGAAGCUGAUCAAGAUGAUCCUCGUGUCGCUUCGCUUUUCGUGGAGGAAGAUGAAGUUGUGGGUAUUGAAUACACCAGAGAAGAAUUGGUUGACAUGUUGGUAAGUGGAGAGACAAAUCGGAUGGUGAUAUUGCUAGUAGGUAUGGGCGGGAUUGGAAAAACCACUCUUGCUAAGAAAGUUCACGACAAUCAAAAAGUGCUUGCGCAUUUUGAUUGUCGUGCUUGGAUCACUGUUUCUCAAUCAUACAAGAUAGAGGAGAUUCUCAGAAUGUUGAUAAAGCAGCUAUACCAAUCAAGAAAUGAGUCUCCACCUCCGGGAAUCGAUGCUAUGGACCAAAACUCGCUCACUGACAACGUUAGAGGAUAUUUACUUCAAAAGAGGUAUGAAAUUGUCUUUGAUGAUGUUUGGAGAACAGACUUUUGGAGAUUCGUAAAACAUGCUUUACCUAAAAAUAGCAAAGGAAGUAGGGUAAUUAUAACCACACGCAACAAAGAAGUUGCUAGUUUUUGCAAAGAAUCUUCACUUGAUUAUGUUUAUGAGAUUCAAUCCCUACCUGAAAACGAGGCUUGGAGACUCUUUUGUAUGAAAGCCUUCCAAUGGGACUUUGGGGGUGCUUGUCCCUCCGAAUUGGAGAAAGUAUCUCGCGAGAUUGUUAGAAAAUGUGAAGGAUUACCGCUUGCAAUUGCGGCAAUAGGGGGUCUGCUGUCCACUAAAAAUAGGGUUGUAUCCGAAUGGCAAAAAUUCUAUGAUAGCCUUGGCUCUGAGUUAGAAAGGAAUCCUAAUCUUACAAGCAUCAAAAAAAUUGUGUUGCUUAGUUACCACAAUUUGCCUUACUUCCUCAAACCGUGUUUCUUGUACUUCGGUAUAAUACCCGAGGAUUAUUCUAUCACUUGUGGAAGACUAGUCCGACUUUGGAUGGCUGAGGGUUUCAUUGAAGAACAAAAAGGCAAAACAUUGGAAGAAGUUGCAGAAGAAUACUUGAUUGAGCUCAUCCUUAGAAACUUGGUUCAAGUGUCAAGUACAAAAAUUAAUGGAAGAGUUAAGAAUUGUCGGGUUCAUGAUGUAGUGCGUGAGAUCAUCCUCUCAAAGUCCGAGGAGUUGAGUUUCUGCCAUGUUUUAGCAGACGAGGAUUCAAGUCCCAAUAAUCAAAGUCGACGACUAUCAAUGCAUAUGAAGAACAGAAUGGAUGAGAUUCAGGAAAGCACACAUAUUUCCCGAAUUCGUUCUUUUUUUCUUUUUGCAGUGGGAGAGCUGCCAAAAACAGGUCCUCGUUGGGUGAACUAGCUGCAAAUUUCAAGCUUUUAAAAGUACUAGAUCUUCAAGAUGCUCCUCUAGAUCAACUACAUGAAGAAGUGGGGAAUCUAUUUCAUUUGCAAUACCUAAGUGUGAAGAAUACAAGUGUGAAGACAAUUCCAAAGUCUAUUGGUAAGCUACAAAACCUGCAAACUUUGAAUUUGAGAUGCUCUCUCGUGCUUGAGCUACCAAUCGAGAUCAAUAGGCUCCAUAAGUUGCGACAUCUUCUAACCGUUUUUUAUAACUAUGAUAUUGAUAUAAGUUUGGAUACUAUAAGAGGAGUGAAAAUAAAAGGAGCGAUAGGGCGUUUAGAACAGUUGCAAAAGUUAUGGGGUGUGGAUGCAGAAGAAUGGGGCAACCUUGUUUUUAAAGAGCUGGAAAAUUUGAGGCAGUUGCGGAAGUUUGGCAUUUCCAAAGUGAGAAGAGAAAAUUGGAGGGUUCUUUGUGCUGCCAUUGAGAAGAUGAAACACCUUAGGGUUUUGGGGAUACGGGCUAAAAGUGAAGAUGAGAUUCUGGAUUUACAUUCUCUUUCUUCACCACCUGAAUAUCUUGAACGUCUCUACAUGGGGGGUUAUUUAGUGACGUUGCCAGAUUGGAUCCCAAACCUACAGCAUCUAUUCGUAAUACGUCUACACUGGUCAGGUUUGACCGCUAAUGCGAUAAAAUCCCUUCAAGUGUUGCCUAAUUUACUAAAGCUUGAUAUCUAUCAGGGUUAUGAUGGACAGAGUUUGCAUUUUGAGGUUGGAGGGUUUCAAAAACUUAAGGUGUUAUAUCUACAAGGCUUGAAGCGAUUGAAUUCCAUGGUAAUAGAGGAUGGAGCGUUGCCUCUUCUUGAAGAACUAUGGAUUGGGCCUAGCCCGCAACUGAAGGAGGUACCCUAUGGCUUCCACCACCUCAAAAGACUCGCAACUCUUUCCUUUUAUGAUAUGCCAAUAAAGUUCUUAGGUAGAAUGCAACCGGAAGAAGGAGACGACUAUUGGAUUAUUCGGCAUAUACCCGAUAUCAAGUUCUCAUUCAAGUCUACAGGAUUAUACUACAAAACCUAUAGUCUUCAAGAUUUCCAAGUCACAUGUGAAAGACAAAGGUCUGAGUAAAGCUCAAAAUGCCAAAAAUGUCAAUUCAAGGGAACAUAAUUCAUUCUUGGAUUUGAAACUUGGAUGAACUCCAAUUCAGGUUCCACGAUGCUAAAGACAACAAAUUUCUUUUGUCAAGGAAAUAUAGAUGUGCAUCGAAGUUGAUGGAUUCUGGUCUUACCGCCAACACAUACGGUUGAAGGAAAUUCAAUUGCAGGGGAUUGAAAAAUACAAAAUUGAAAUUGUCUGAUGAAUACCUCUCUAGUCAGUGUUGGUUUUUAUUUUCGUUUGGUUGGUUUUUUACUUCGUGAAAAGAGAAAAAAUGGCAUCUCCUUCUCUCCCUCCAAAAUCAGCAUGGCUCUUUCUUAUGUUUUAUUAUUAUUGUUGUUGUUGACCAAGACAACAUGUGUGGAUUUCUCUUAGUAUCCCUUGUUAUUUUUAAUAACUAUGUAAUGUUUAAUUAGACAAAUAUAAUAAGAUCAUCCACUCCUUUGUUGUAA